CACUGCUUUCUAUUUUCCUGGCGCCUUUUCUCCGCAGAAGAAAGAAACCAUGGACACUGCAAAACCCUACCUUUCCAUUCUCUACCUUCUCCUCUUUUUCACUUUUUCAAUAUAUUCCUCAUCUGCCCAUCCACAUCAAAUCUCCUUAGUUGUUGGUGAGGGCAGUAGUAGUAAAGUGCAAAUUUCUCCAAGCUUGGAAGUUGUGAACUCUCCGGGGACAAGGUCGGGGACUAGGGUGCUUUGCAAAAGAGUUGAUGUCCAUGGGUUUCCGAGGCUUAAAAAUUUGAACAAGUUUUUUCAUUCUUUGAUGCUCAAAAUUUCACCUUCUAAUUCCACUCUUCGCAGACCCAAUGUUGAGGUUUGUUUUCAUAGGAAUGCAUCUCGUGCUAUAGGGAUGUGUCCGCAGGGCGAGUGGGAGAAUGUUGAUAAGGGUGGUUCAUGGGUUCGAGCCAUGUCAGCUUAUGGCCACAAGUUCUUAGAUAUAAGGGUGACUGGUUCAUCCUCGGAAACCCUUGAACUGUCAAUUGAAGAAGUGUUUUUCUUGUAUCGUGUGAUAUUCUUAAUCCUGGGAGUUGUUAUGCUAAGCAUCGCAUCCUCUUUAAGCAAGUCUUUGGUAUUUUACUACAGCAGUGCCAUGACAAUUGGAAUCAUCCUUGUAAUACUCGUGGUCCUUUUUCAGGGAAUGAAGCUUCUGCCGACAGGUCGAAAGAGCUCGCUUGCAAUUUUUAUAUACUCAUCUCUUGUUGGCUUGGGAACUUUUCUACUUCGCUACUUGCCAGGAUUGUUGCAUUCAAUACUCAUGGAGAUGGGGAUAAGCGAAGACAUGUAUUAUCCUGUAUGUAAGUUACAGUUGGUGAUUUUUCUGCUGGCUUUUAUUGCUUUGACUGGAGCAUGGAUGGGUUUCUGGGCUGUCCGCAGUUUCGUCUUGACAGAAGAUGGAUCCAUUGAUAUAAGCACAUCUCAUUUUGUUGCCUGGUCCAUUCGUGUCUUGGCUGUUGUGUUAAUUAUUCAGAGUUCUCUUGAUCCCUUGCUGGCAGCAGAAGCUUUAAUAUCUGGAAUAAUUGUCUCGUCGAUAUUAAGGAGAAUUUUUAGAUGGAGAUUCCUGCGUCAAAUGUACAAGAAGUUGUUUAAAUUAGCGAGAAACAUAAAUAGAGAAUCACUUGUUCCUGAUCUAUCACCGUUUGGAGUUUCUCGUGAUAAAUACACGGUUGAGAGGCCUGAAGGCUCAAAGUUCCUUUCUCCUCGGCCCAGACAAUUCAACCUGGCUUCAUGCAAUUCUAUGAAAGGUUCAAGCAGGACAUCACGUCAUCAACUGUCAGAUUCAGAUGUCUACCCAUCUACCUUCCAUACCACUCCUGAGAGGAGGAAAUUUUCAAAAGAUUCAUGGGAAAAUUUUACCAGAGAGUCCACGCAAAAAGCUGUUAAAGAACUUGUUUCUUCCCCCGAUUUCAGCAAAUGGGCAGCUGCUAAUGCAGAAAGAAUCACUGUGACCCCAAACUCCACCACCAGUACUUCAAGGCAGCAGCGUCGCAAGUGGUUCCUUUGGUCUUGAUGCUGCAAAAUUUGGAUUUUUUUUUUUUUAUAAAAAACCCCCACAAUGAGCUUCAAAAUGUUGACAUCCCAAAAUGCGGGAGUUGCUCCAAUUCUUGUAAAUCGAUAAGGUAAACUUGUAUUCAUGGAUUGUAACCAAAUCUGGCAAGGGCAGAGUAGUUAGAUUGUAAGAGUUGUUUCACUUAAAAGACUCCAUUGAGGUU